AUGGCGGAAUCAAGUCCAGAUGAAGUAGUUGAUGGUAGUGCUAUACUGCUGAGUAAUGGGAUUAUGGGAAUUGUUCAGCCGGCGGUGGAUCGUCUAGACAGUCAAGUUCAUGCCGCACGUGCUAGUCAGUAUACUCUGAAUAUGCAUAUACGAGAACUAGCGCAAUAUCUGAAAGAAAUUUCGGAUGAGCAACAAGCGCCGUAUGAUUUAGACUUAUAUGUGCGGAAGUUGGAUGAUUCUAAAAAACGAGUUACAGCAGCCGGGAACGUCUUGCAAAACGUGCAUGAUCGAUUGAGCCGCUUACAGCGUAAUAUUGCUCGUCAGGUCUACCAACAAAAACAGCGUAUCGUACAACCAGUGCCAUCACCUCCAAAUCGUUAA